AUGGAGCUACCCACAUUACUCAAGCUUCUAAAAUCAUUAAAAGAAGCUGACUUGUUCAAAGGAGGUAUUACUUCGUUGCGCUGCAAGGAGUUUUUCGAAGACGGUAGUAAUUGGUUGUUGCAAAAGGUUAGCUUACGUUUACACUACAUCAUGGAGAGAAUACUUCAAGUGGAGCGCAUGCACCCAUAUCACGUAAGAAAAGUUCAAAAUUGUUCGCCUUCUGACUAUCCACGGCCAGUACAUUUUUGU